AUGGCGGGACCGUAUUCAGCAGCGGCGACCCUUUUGCGCCGCCAGCUCAAAGAGAUGCAGGUCAGCAAGGAUAUCCCCGGAAUAUCGUGCGGCCUCGUCAGCGACAGCAACAUAUUUGAGUGGGAGGUUAUGCUCAUGAUCAGCGACGACUGCAAAUACUACGGAGGUAUGUCUUUAGAAGCUGGCACGCUCUUGUGGUUGCCCAAUCACGGCGGCAACUUUCGAGCGCACCUCGUAUUCCCGCCCAACUACCCUCACAUGCCACCAUCCCUGACCUUUCAGGAGCCGAUCCCCUUCCACCCCAACAUUUACGAAAACGGCAAGCUGUGCAUCUCGAUCCUGCACCCGCCUGAGGAGGACCAGUACGGAUACGAGGCGGCCUCGGAGCGUUGGAGCCCCGUCCAGUCCCCCGAAACGAUCCUACUGAGCAUCAUCAGCUUGUUCCACAGCCCUAAUGAGGAGAGCCCGGCCAAUGUCGAGGCAGCUAGGAUGCUACGUGAGGAAAAGGAGGGCAAGCAUAAGGACUUUCGCCGUCGUUGCCGUCAAUGCGUGCGGGAGAGCCUGGGAGAGGACUAG